CACGAGAUGCGCACACGGGCGGCGAUUUGAACAAAAAAUAAAUAAGUAAAUUCCUCUAAAACCCCAUGGGAGAGUUUCCGCCCCAAAAGACGCAAAAACUGCAGGAGACUUCAGUGUCUGUCAGACUUGAACUUCACUUAUCCGUUGGAGCUCUUACAAUGUUUCUUCUCAAGGCAUGGAGACAAACAGCUUUCGGGAUUUAUGGGUAUCUGAAUUUCACCAAGUCUGGUUUCAUAGAACAUUCAAAGCAAUUCAAGCCAGAGGAUACGCAAACUCGGAUAGAAGGGAAAAAUUGCAUUGUAACAGGAGCCAAUUCUGGCAUUGGUUUUGCGACUGCCGAGGGACUUGCAUCACGUGGGGCAAAUGUGUAUAUGGUAUGUCGAAAUAAGGAGAGGGGUGAAGCUGCGCAAUCUAAAAUUCAGUCUGACACAGGAAACCAAAAUGUUCAUUUGGAGGUCUGUGAUCUUUCUUCUGUUAGUGAUAUCAAGUCAUUUGCAUCGCAGUUUUCCUCAAAGAAUGUUCCAGUGCACAUUUUGGUGAAUAAUGCUGGUCUGCUUGAGCAUAAUAGAAUUACCACAUCAGAAGGGUUUGAGUUGAACUUUGCAGUUAAUGUAUUAGGCACCUAUGCAAUGACGGAAUUGAUGUUGCCAUUGCUGGAGAAAGCUGCACCUGAUGCACGGGUUAUUACUGUUUCCUCUGGUGGAAUGUACACCACACCCUUGACCAAGGAUUUACAGUUUAGCGAUGAAAACUUUAAUGGGGUGCAGCAGUAUUCUCGGAACAAGAGAGUUCAGGUGGCAUUAACUGAGAAAUGGGCUGAAAUAAACAAAAACAAGGGGAUUGGAUUCUAUUCAUUGCACCCAGGUUGGGCAGAGACACCAGGGGUUGCCAAGAGUUUGCCAAGUUUCUCUAAAGCUCUUUCGGGAAAGCUUAGAACAAACGAGGAAGGUGCAGACACCAUAAUUUGGUUGGCUUUACAGCCAAAAGAAAAGCUGGUAUCAGGAUCGUUUUAUUUUGAUAGAGCAGAAGCACCUAAACACCUGAUGUUUGCGGCCACCAGUGGCUCUCAUGCCAUAAUCGACCCCAUUUUUGAGAGUCUCAAGAGUUUGUCUAGUAUCUCCGCGUAGGUUCCAAGUUUAGAGCCCCAUAUUGUGAUUUUAAUUGCUCGGAGAAAUUUAAUGUCAAUGUGGUAACAGCCGAAUGAAUGGGAAAAGGAGCAGAUUUUACCUUAUAUAUAACAUAAGAGUGGUAAGGUUUCCAUUGGACUACGGGUCCUUACAAGCAAGGAAGGAAGAUGCUAGCAUCGCGCAUGGGCAUGUGAUGCAGCAAAUUAAUCAAUGGCUGAUAUUGCAUCAGACAUCUACACACGACUGAUGCUAACACCGCUCUCCUAGCAAUCACUAUGAUAAGCAUGGGACGCUGACUCGAUAUUUCAAUUGUUGUGGGGUUUUAAUAGCCACAUGAAGAUAAAAGAGCUUUAGCUCUAACCACAUGUUUAAUGAAGGCGAUAAAUAAUCAACUAUCAUAUCAACAUAA